AUGUGGAACAAAUCUAAGAGUGGAACACUGGAAGCAACACAACAGACUGAAAAAACAAGAAAAUUGAUGUGUAGAGCAAAUAAAUUAGAAAAAAGUGAAACGGCAGGAAAUAUGAAAGCCUACACGGGUGUCAAGACAACUGACCAGUCUAGUACACUCGUGGCAAUAUCUGAUGAGAUCUCUGGGUACCUGGCUUCAAAGUCUGAUAAUGUCAACAGUCUGUUGGCAUACCCGGCUGUUGUGGAGGCAUUCGGUAAAAGUAACGCCAGACUAUCCAGUUCAGCUGCUAUUGAAAGACUAUUUACUGUUGCUUCAAGCUAUUGUUUUUUCAUGCUAAGAUUAAACGAACAUACAUGCUUUUCUAAAGUUUUUUUUAAAUGA